AUGCAACCCUCGAGAAAGGGACGCCCAUCCACCACGAGCGCCAAGUCAAGCACCAGUCGAUCUCGAGGUCUUGGCGGAGGCACUACGGGAGCCAAGCCCAGGAAUAUCCAUUUUUGGCCCCCCGCUAGUAAGGCCACUCCGAUCCCCCAGACGUCGCCUGCAUGGGACUCCACAGGCCCCGGUCUGCAGUCCAGGGGCCACCCAAGCCAUGCUCCAAGCACAUCCAGCAGAGGGAAUCAGAAUCAGGCGCGACCUCAAUCAUCCAAUUCAGCGUCCGUGGCCAGAACCGGCGCCCGGCAAUGGCUCGCCGACGGCCAGAAUGAGCGGAAUCUGGCGUCGGCAACAGAAAUGGCCCCAGUCGGCCAUCGUAGAGGUGCUUAG